AUUUGCAUGCAUUCGAGUUUGAAACCUUCUUUGAUCAUUGUUUUUUCUGGUGCAAGCUACUGGAUUGAAUCAGAGGCUUGAGUAGAUGCACAGGUAUACAGAUCGACCUUAGCGAUCAUGGAGUUUCGAAAAUUAUCUUCGCCUUGGACUUUUCUAUUGCCAGACGUUCUGAGUUCUCCGGGAAGCCUCGCAAGAACGGCCGAUGUCUGCUUGUAUAUAAUGCAGUAAAUUUGACAAGUUACAGUGGCGACCACAACUGCUUCAAGCAUUUGCCACUUCAACCGACCUUCUCAAAUGGAGCAUGUCACUGAACCCUACCUCAACUCUGAAUGUCGUGGUGUCUGUCAUUUUCGUAUUGACCAUGCUCGACUCUUCUGACCAUGUGAAGGUUUUGUUCUGGUUGUGGAUAUCUGCAUAAUGGAAUCCCUCUCUCACCAAAGAGGUUGUACAAGUUUGAUCCAUGCAAAGAAUUUAUCCUUUUACGUGGGACACUCGAGUGCCUCUAGAGUCGAUGUCGGAGAGAGACCUGUUUUAGGCCUUCCGAUUGACACGAACUGGAAAUGGUUUUCGUUGUAUCUAAGUUUUCCAGUGAGAGUGCCAGAGAAACUUGAACAGUGCACCACAAAGAUGACAAAUAGAUUCUGCAUGAAACUCUCCAGGAAAAUGGAGAGGAUUUACAGCCAUCUCUCAUAUCUUGAGUUUCUGCCACAAUUGUACUCGGGAAGAAUAUUGAUUGUAAGAAUAAAAUGCCCGUAUUAGCGUACGAAGGUGUCUACAUUUGAUCCAAAGCAGCUAUAGCACAACAGACACAUUGAUAUGAGUUGAUUUGUUAACUUGGGAAAGUGAGGCUAAGUGUUAGUGAGAUCUGUGAAUUACAGUACUCCAGUCACAAGUUUUAAUAUGUCCAACAGACAUCUUCAGUUCCAGAAAGUCUCCAACCCUUCAUGACGACUUAUGCGUAUAAUUGCUAGUUAUCUAGGGCCGUCGCCGUCGGUGUUGGGAUCGAGUUGUUGCCCCGUCAACCUAGUUUAGGAUCAAGUCUAGCUACUGCAAUUCAUCAGGUUCUGUUCGAUGUCACUGUUAGCGCCCAUUAGGGUUUUGGACCUGGAUGGUGUACUUCAACUUUGGGGUUUUUGCACCUCACUUCUGUUGGUCCUCAGAACAGUGCG